AUGGCCUCCCUUGCUGCAGCAAAUGCAGAAUUUGGCUUCGACCUGUUCCGGGAGAUGGAUAGCAAUCAAGGAAAUGAAAAUGUGUUCUUCUCCUCUCUGAGCAUCUUGACGGCGCUGGCCCUGGUUCGUUUGGGUGCUCGUGGCGAUGGCGCACACCAGAUCGAUAAGAUGCUUUACUUUAACAACCCUUCAAGACAAGGAAACUCUUCUAAUAACAAGCCAGGACUCCAGUCUCAGUUGCACAGAGUUCUCUCUGAUAUAAAUUCAUCUCACAAGGAUUAUGAGCUCAGCAUUGCUACUGGUCUUUUUGCAGAACAAGUGUUUGACAUUCACAAGAACUACAUUAAAUGUGCUGAGAAACUAUAUAAUGCCAAAGUAGCAAGAGCUGACUUUACGAAUGAUAUAGAAGACACCACAUACAAAAUUAAUAAAUGGAUUGAAAAUGAGACACAUGGGAAAAUAAGGAAGGUGUUUAGUGACAGCAGCAUUAGCUCGUCUGCGGUCAUGGUGCUGGUCAAUGCUGUUUACUUCAAAGGCAAGUGGGAGUCGGCCUUCACCAAGAGUGAAACAGUCAAGUGCCGAUUCCGAUCUCCCCAGUGCUCCGGGAAGGCGGUUGCUAUGAUGCACCAGGAGCGGAGGUUCAAUCUAUCUGCUGUUCAGGAUCCGCCCAUGCAAGUUCUUCAGCUCAGAUAUAAUGGUGGCAUCAGCAUGUACGUACUGCUGCCCGAGGAGGACGUGUCUCAGAUUGAAAAGAAACUGAGUUUUCGGAAUCUAAUGAACUGGACCAAUCCAAGGAAGAUGACUUCCCAGUAUGUGGAAGUGUUUCUUCCUCAGUUCAAGAUAGAGAAGAAUUAUGAAAUGAAACGCUAUUUGCAAGCCCUUGGGCUGAAAGAUAUAUUUGAAGAAUCCAAAGCUGAUCUUUCCGGAAUAGCUUCAGGAGGUCGUCUUUACAUCUCAAAACUAAUGCACAAGUCGUACAUAGAGGUCAGUGAAGAUGGCACGGAGGCCACGGCCGCCACGGAAAACAACAUCGUGGAGAAGCAACUCCCGGAGUCCACUGUGUUCAGAGUGGACCACCCUUUCAUGUUUGUCAUCAGGAAGAAUGACAUCAUCUUAUUUAUUGGUAAAGUCUCUUGCCCUUGA